GAGAGUGAGGAUAAACGGCGCACACCAUUCUUCAGCAAGCUAAUGGACUUGAUACCGCUUAUCACGGAUUGAAUCAGACUUCUGAAACUGAGAGCUUUUUGACGUGUUUUUUUUUGCCUUUAAAUAUAUGCCACAAUUGGAGACGCUAUCUAAACGGAUCCUAUUUGAACUUGACACAUAAUGGGACAAGCAAGCACCGAUCUUGCAUUCUACAUGGAGGGACUGAGCUAAACAGGUUGCCCGGUGCCACUGUUAAGUGCAUCUUACAUGGAAGAUACGGGAGAUGCGGAAUGACUUUACGGGACCGUUUGUUCUAAGGACCACUCCGUGCGCCACUGAUCACCUGGUAGCGUUCGUUAUGAAGCUUCAUUGACUACCGCAGUUUACUAGGUUAUGUGUAGACAGAGCACUGCUCUUCAUGGAAGUUUAAUGACAAAAAGGACUGUGAAUUACAAAAAAAGAGAAUUUCCCCCCUCGCAGUUUUACUCUGAACUGCGACUGUUUGGGUUGUCAAUGGAACCAAACAUUUAUCGUGUCUGAUUUGGACGCAUCUAACGUAUCGACCGUAGGAUAUAUUUAUACUGGAAUUACCUCGCAUUUUCCUAUUGAUCAAGCAAUAUAGGGAUUGUACGGGAGAAGGCUGGGUUCAACUGCAGCCUGUGAAAACGGCAGACUCAUUCGGGUACCCUCACGCGCUAAAAGGGAUUUCUUUUGGAUACGGGCUGUGUGCGGAGUCUUCUCUCCCUUGUAUGCAAGAUUUCAUGAAUCCCCCAUUGUAACAAAGCUACACGGGGGAAAAGUGUUUGAAUCCUGGAGGUUAAAGGCAACGUUGUCCAGUAACCAUGGAUCUAAAGGAUUUUUACCUGUUGGCUGCUCUUGUUGCCUGCUUCUGGCUAGACCCUGCGAUAGCCCAAGAACUGAUCUAUCCCAUCAGGGAGGAGCUGCAGGAGAAUGUCCUCAUUGGAAACAUACCAAAGGACUUGAACAUCUCCCAUACAAAUGCUGCCACUGGAGCGAGUGCUAAUCUGGUGUACAGGCUGGUGUCGAAAGCCGGGGACAACCCUCUCCUCAGAGUUCUCAGCAGUACGGGCGAGAUCUUCACCACCUCCAACCGUAUCGACAGGGAGAGGCUCUGCCCCGGUCCCUCCUUCGAGGAGAGCGAGUGCUCCUUCGAGAUCGAGGUGGUCAUCCUACCCAACGACUACUUCCGGCUGAUCAAAAUCAAGAUCGUCGUCAAGGACACCAACGACAACGCGCCCAUGUUCCCCUCCCCCGUCAUCAACAUCUCCAUCCCGGAGAACACGCUCAUCAACAGCCGCUUCGCCAUCCCCUCCGCCACCGACCCCGACACGGGGCCCAACAGCGUCCACAAGUACGAGCUGGUGAACGGCCAGAGCGCCUUCGGCCUGGACAUCGUAGAGACGCCCGAGGGAGAGAAGUGGCCGCAGCUCAUCGUGCAGCAGAACUUGGACCGCGAGCAGAAGGACACGUACGUGAUGAAGAUCAAGGUGGAGGACGGCGGAAGCCCCCAGAAGUCCAGCACGGCCAUCCUCCAGGUUACCGUCACCGACGUCAACGACAACAGACCCGUGUUCAAAGAGAGUCAGAUGGAGGCGCACAUUCCCGAGAAUUCCCCCAUCGGCACGUCCGUGGUCCAGCUCCAGGCUACGGACGCAGAUGUGGGGGCUAACGCAGAGAUCAGAUACGUGUUUGGGACCCAGGUGUCUCCUGCCACUAAGAGACUCUUCGCAUUGAACACCACGUCCGGCCUUAUCACCGUGCAGAGGCCUCUGGACAGGGAGGAGACGGCCAUACACAAGCUGUCUGUGCUGGCUAGCGACGGCAGCUCCAGUCCUGCCAGAGCCACCAUCACCAUCAACGUGACGGAUGUGAAUGACAAUCCACCCAACGUGGACCUGAGGUAUAUUAUUAGCCCCAUCAACGGCACUGUGUUCCUCUCUGAAAAGGAUCCUAUCAAUACUAAGAUUGCCUUGAUUACAGUGUCAGACAAGGACACUGACGUCAACGGCAAGGUAAUUUGUUUCAUCGAGAAGGACGUCCCCUUUCACCUCAAAGCGGUUUACGACAACCAGUAUCUACUGGAGACCUCUGCAUUGCUUGAUUAUGAGGGGACAAAAGAAUACAAUUUUAAAAUUGUGGCCUCUGACUCAGGGAAACCCAGCUUGAAUCAGACUGCCUUGGUCCGAGUGAGGCUCGAAGAUGAGAAUGACAACCCACCAAUUUUCACCCAGCCUGUUAUCGAGCUGUCUUUUUUGGAAAACAACAAACGGGAUCUUUUUCUCACUACCCUGAGCGCUACUGACGAAGACAACGGUAAAAAUGCAGAGAUAGUCUAUCAACUGGGGCCCAACGCCUCUUUCUUCGAUCUUGAUCGUAAAACAGGGGUCCUGACGGCAUCCAGGGUUUUCGACCGAGAGGAGCAGGAGAGGUACCUGUUUACAGUCACCGCUCGGGACAACGGGACCCCUCCCCUCCAGAGCCAGGCAGCUGUCAUCGUCACCAUAAUGGACGAGAACGACAACAACCCCAAAUUCACCCACAACCACUUUCAGUUCUUCGUGUCGGAGAACCUGCCCAAAUACAGCACGGUGGGGGUGAUCACCGUGACGGAUUCGGACGCCGGGGAGAACGCGGCGGUUUCGCUCUCCAUCCUGAACGACAACGAGAACUUCAUCCUGGACCCUUACUCCGGGGUCAUCAAGUCCAACGUGUCCUUCGACAGGGAGCAGCAGAGCUCGUACACCUUCGACGUCAGGGCGGUGGACAGCGGUCGUCCACCGUGUUCCUCCGCCGCCAAGGUCACGAUCAACGUCAUCGACGUCAACGACAACAUCCCCAUCGUGAUUUACCCUCCGUCCAACACCUCCUUCAAGCUGGUGCCCCUCUCCUCCAUCCCGGGGUCAGUGGUGGCGGAGGUGUUCGCCGUGGACGGAGACACGGGCAUGAACGCCGAGCUCAAGUACACCAUCGUCAGCGGCAACAACAAGGGGUUGUUCAGGAUCGACCCGGUGACCGGGAACAUCACCCUGGAGGAGAAGCCGGUCGUGUCGGACAUCGGUCUCCACAGGCUAGUGGUGAACAUCAGCGACCUGGGAUACCCCAAAUCUCUCCACACUCUGGUUCUGGUCUUCCUGUACGUGAAUGACACUGUGGGCAACGCCACGUUCAUCUACGAGCUCAUACGACGCACCAUGGAGACCCCUCUGGACAGGAACAUAGGGGAGAGCAGCGAGACGUACCAGAGCGGGGACUACUUGACCAUAAUGAUCGCCAUGGUAGCGGGCGUCAUGGUGGUGGUCGUGGUGAUCUUCGUCACGGUGAUGCUGCGCUGCCGGCACGCCUCGCGCUUUAAGGCGGCGCAGAGGAAGAAGCAAGGCGCCGAGUGGAUGUCGCCCAACACGGAGAACAAGCAGAACAAGAAGAAGAAGCGGAAGAAAAGGAAGUCGCCCAAGAGCUCGCUGCUCAACUUCGUCACCAUCGAGGAGAACAAGCCCGACGACCCGGCCCACGAGCCCAUCAACGGCACCAUCAGCCUGCCCGCCGAGCUGGAGGAGCAGGGCAUGGGUCGCUUCGACUGGAACGCCACGCCCACCAGCACCUUCAAACCCAGCAGCCCAGACCUGGCCCGGCACUACAAGUCCGCCUCGCCGCAGUCUGCCUUCCACCUCAAGGCCGACACUCCGGUCUCCGUGAAGAAGCACCACGUGAUUCAGGAGCUCCCAUUGGACAAUACCUUUGUCGGGGGUUGUGACACCCUCUCCAAGAGAUCGUCCACCAGCUCAGACCACUUCAGUGCCUCAGAGUGCAGCUCACAAGGAGGGUUCAAGACGAAAGGGCCCAUGCACACCAGACAGCAGGGAACUCUAACACGCGCCAGAACGGAACUCAACCCUGAGUACUUGGACCUGCGUUCACGGGCUGAGCUGAAUCCUGAGUACUGGACGCCGUGCACUCCUCUAUCGCAGCGGCGAGUCACGUUCCACCUGCCGGACGGCUCCCAGGAGAGCUGCAGUGACAGCGGUCUGGGAGAGCAUGAGCCUGUGGGCAGUGGCACCCUCCUCACACACCCUCUCCCUCUGGUUCAGGCGCAGGACCACUUCUACGAACAGGCCUCCCCCGACAAGAGGACCGAAGCCGACGGUAACUCCGAUCCCAACUCUGAUGGGCCCCUAGGGCCUAGAGGCCUGGUGGAGGCUACGGAGAUGUGCACACAGGAAUGCCUGGUGUUGGGCCACUCAGACAACUGCUGGAUGCCUCCCACCCUCACCUCCUACCAGGCCAAGUCCCCUGUGGCCAGCUUCGCCUCCCCCAAAGAGUGGGGCCCCAAAGACAAACUCCUCAACGGUCACACCCUGACCCGGACCUGGAAAAACGACGGAGGGCGGGACCAGUUUGGGGACAGGAAGCAGUUCGGGAGCGGUGAGGGACACUUCAACAGCCCUGGUCACAUGGCUGACAUCCCAUUGGCCAGCCUGAAGUCUUAUCAGCCAACCACUGGGCCAGAAAGCCCCAAGGAGCAGCAGCUAUAGGAAGUGUCAUGGUUUAGCUCCACUCUCUCACAUCUGAACACUGCAGAUGCUGCUUACGCUACACACAUGCUCGGCUUGUCUGUUUUCUUUCCUAAGUUGUUUUAUCUCAUUGAAGUUGACGCUUCAGCAGUGUAAUAGUUACAUGUACCAUGUAGGACAAUAGACUAGAGCUUAUGCAGUGUGUGCUAUGGUCCGACUUUUACGAUGGCGCAAGACAGGUUUUCGCAUCCCGUCUCAUUUGGUUGAAGGAUUUCCUCAAACAGACUUUUCUUUUUAUUACUUUACAUGUUCUUCACUUCCGGACAAACAGGUGGAAAAAAGGUACUUUUUGCAAAUGAAGGAAAUGAAGAUUGAGUGCAUUUAUUCAACCGAUAAACUCUAUUAAGGCUGACCAAUAUAUUCCAAUAUUGUGACGUGUUUGUUAUUGAGUUGUUCGGGACUAUAUUAACCUAUACAAUCAAAGAAAAAUGGAGUUAUAAUUAAGAAAGCGUUCUUAUAACACUGUUAGUGGACUCUUGUAUAGUCUGUCAUUGUCCCUGUGUUUGUAAAUAGGACUUACUACUAACCAAUUUUAUGUACCUGUAAUAAUCACAUGGAAUAGAUCAUGGAUCGUGACUGUUGUCCAUCAUGCUUUGGGGUUUUGGUCCUGUGUGUCGUCUCUUGGCAAUGGCUUGAGAAAGGGUGGUCAUCGAGUUGUAAACCAAGUGUAAAGUUUCAGGCUCUCAAAAAAAAAAAAAAAAAAAAGAAA